CCCCCUCCCACUCCCCCAACAUGUCUGGUCCGCCAUCAUCGCGCCAGACCCACAAGGUCUCCCCACCGGUCUCCGCCGCCGCUGAGCAGCACCAGCACUCAAACGGAGCGUCUUCCUCAUCAACACCCGCAGGGCCACCAACUCUCGCUGCGUAUCACCGCCCAUACAUUCCGGGCGAGCCAACAACCAUCACCGAGACAAUCGCCUCGGCCCCCAAUCCGCACAACGCCGACUUCUCCCCCCUCCCCUUCACCCAGGAUGAGACCAUGGACCCUCUCGCACUCGAUGCUGCGGCCGAGGAAGAGCCUGGAUCGCCCACGGCGCGUCUGCUUCGCGCCAUUGCGCCGCCUAACGCUACUCAGCCUAAUCCCAACUGGCCAGCUCCCCCUCCGAACGCGAGUGUCAACCUUUUCAUCGGUCGCGCCCUUUUGUCCAACGGCAACGACAACUGGCCUCUGAAACCAAACGACAUUGUCAACUGGAUCCGGAAGCACUACCCCGAGGAAUGGGACGGCGACGAGGGGCGAUGCUCGGCGCACCGCGUGCGAACCUACCUUGCGCGCAAGGGCGCCGACAUGUACUACGAGAAGCUCAACCAGGGCUGCAUCGCUGGUUGGCGUAUCCGACAAAACCAUCUGUGGCGCUUUGAGAACGGCGGCUUCCAAGGCCGUGGAAUGAAGCAGGAGGAGGCCAUUCUCAAUGCGCAGAAGGAGAACGAGAUGGCUGCUACCGCUGCUCACAAGGCCGCGGCCGCUGCCGCCCUGGCGCAGGGUCACCCUGGGAUCAAGGUGUCAAUGUCGUCGAGUAAUUCAGGCGAAGGCCCACCGGCCAAGCGCCAACGCAAGAUGAACGGCCAGGCGCGCAGAAAGAACCUGAAGAAGGGCGACGAGUUUGACUACGGGUCAUAUGCGUUCCAGCCGCCAACAUCGGCGCCGUCCAUGUCGGCCAACGACAUUCCUCUGGCGGGGCCAAGUCACACGCAGCCCGUCGACCAGUCGCUCCAGGCUGCGGCUGCGGCUGCGGUGGCUGCGGCGGCGGCCGGGGAGACGGACAACACGCCGAUUGGAAGCGCCUCGGAGACGCCUGCCGAGGCGCAGGGCGAGGAGCAUGUCGAGGUCAACAUGGUGCAGCAGGCAAUGGCGGCGGCCAACUCUGCGCAGAUGGACGAGCUCGAGAUGGGCAUGCAGCUGCCCAUUGAGAUGCAGAUGCACUCGACGACGCACGACGACGAGCGCUACGAUUACGGCCAGGGCUAUUAUGCCGGGCAGGGGCAGGUGUACGGUGGGCAGUAGGGGAGUCGUGAUGCGCAGAUGUCCUAGGAUAUGGGUGACGAGCGCGCGAGCAGUACGCGGGCUUCGUUGAUAUGGAUGGUAGAGGAGUAGACUCUGGGUAUAGUCGUAGCGAGCCAUGUAUUAGCAUGUUGCAGUGA